AUGCCUGAAAGUACCACAGCAGAGACUGCACUGAUGCCUUCAUUGCCCACUACUGCUUCUGGAACAGCUUCUUCUUCAGCCAACAGUGAAGAGGGAUCAACUACUCAGCAGUCUUCCACAUCUGAAAUUUCAACAUCAUCUAUGCCUGAAACUACCACAGCAGUAACUACAUCAAUUCAAUCAUUGCCCAACACUCCAUCUGCAACACCUCCUACUUCAACCAAUACCACGUCAUCAAUUCCAAGCACAGUUUCCACUUCAUUUCCGACAGAGGAGGGAUCAACAACUCAGCAGUCUUCCACAUCUGAAAUUUCAACAUCAUCUACGCCUGAAACUACCACAGCAGUAACUACAUCAAUUCAUUCAUUGCCCAACACUCCAUCUGCAACACCGCCUACUUCAACCAGUAGUGGCGACACUUUGUCAGUUUCAACAUUUCAAACACAAGACCAGACAAUAGGAACAGAUACUACUGUUGAGCCAUUGACAAAAACAAGUGUAGAAUCGGAAAGCUCUACCCAAACACCUCUCACAACAAUACUAGAGGUGUCAUCUACACAAAAUCCAAAAAAAACAGUACAUAGUCUAAUUGAACUUUCCACAAUAUAUCCCACAGACAUAGGAUCAACUGUGCCUGAAAGUACAAUGGCAGAGACUGUAAUGAUGCCUUCAUUGCCCACUACUGCUUCUGGAACAGCUUCUUCUUCAGCCAACAGUGGUGAGUCUGUGUCAGUGUCAACUUCCGGAACACAAGAUGUCGCAACAGGACCAGUUAUGCAGUUUGCUACAUUGACAACUAAUAGCAUAGGAUCAGACAGCUCCACUCAAUCCACACUCAGCACCUUGACAGAAGUGUUGUCAACUCCUACUCCAGAUACCACAUCAACCCCAAGCAUGCUUUCACAUGCAUCUCCGACAGAGGAGGGAUCAACUACUCAGCAGUUUUCCACACCUGAAAUUUCAAUAUCAUCUAUCCCUGAAACUAACACAGCAGUAACUACAUUAAUUCAUUCAUUGCCCAACACUCCAUCUGCAACAACUCCUACUUCAACCAGUAGUGGCGACACUUUGUCAGUUUCAACAUUUCAAACACAAGACCAGACAAUAGGAACAGAUACUACUACAUAG